UUAGCAAAUAAACAUAUAAAAAAUACAAAAUCCCCAAUCUUCAUCUCAUCCUCUCCUCCUCCACCUCCACCUCCUCCUCCGGAGAUCGGCGUUUCCCCUCCCUUCCUUCUCCACCGAACUUUCUCUCUCUACCAAUUGUUUCUCUCUCUAAAAAUCCGGUGCUUACUUAUUUGAUUUUCUAUCAGAACAGUCAACUUGCUGAAAAACGAAGUGGCAAUGGAUCUGAAUCCAAUUAAGGAUGCAUUUGAUCGUGUUGCAAAGAAGCAAAAGCUGUCCAGUUCUAAAGCUCAGGAAGUAAUUGACCAGAUCAUGCAAGAAAUAGAAAAGGCACGGGAAACAAUACAGUGUGGAUAUUCUAGUUCUGACUUUGACUAUAGAUCAGUUAUAAGUGAGCUUAAUAAAAGGCUGCAAGAAAUUUCUCCACUUACUCAGCUGGAAAGCACACAGAAGGCACUGAAUAUAGCUCUGAGCAAAUACCCAAAGCUGCUCGAGAAAUCCUUUAACCCGGACAUAUCCAAGGCUUACAGAAAUGUAGACUUUGAUACCCACACCGUCAGCCAGAUAAUUGCCGGCCAUUUCUACCGGCAAGGCCUCUUUAGCAUUGGUGACUGUUUUGUAGAUGAGGCUAAGGCACCAGAGUCUACUGUUGCUAUAAGAUCUCUUUUCUCGGAAAUGUAUCUUAUAAUAGAAGCUAUGAAGAAUAGAAAUCUAGAGCCUGCUUUAAAUUGGGCUGCUGCCAACUCUGAUAAGCUUAAAGAAAGUGGUUCAGAUCUUCAGUUGAAACUUCAUCGCUUGCAGUUUGUGGAGAUCCUGCGAACUGGCAGUAGAAACGACGCUCUCAAGUAUGCUAGAACACAUAUUACUCCUUUUGCCUCAAGUAAUUUUGGUGAAAUUCAGAAGCUCAUGGCUUGUCUUUUGUAUGCUGGAAAGCUUGACCACUCCCCGUAUGCUGAGUUACUGUCUCCUGCUAAUUGGAACUUAGUGGCCAACGAACUAACCAGACAAUUCUGCAAUCUUUUGGGGCAGUCAUUUGAGAGCCCAUUGAGCAUGACUGUAGCAGCAGGGUUUCAAGGGUUACCGCCUCUUCUGAAGUUCAUGACUGUAAUGUCGGGGAAGAAACAGGAGUGGCAGACAAUGAAACAGUUGCCCGUGCCGGUGGAGCUGGAUAGAGAGUUUCAAUUCCAUUCUAUCUUUGUAUGCCCAGUAUCAAAGGAGCAAUCUAGUGACGAAAAUCCGCCGAUGUUGAUGAUUUGCGGCCAUGUGCUGUGCAGGCAGUCGAUCACUAAGAUGUCUAAAAACAGCACCAAAACUUUCAAGUGCCCUUAUUGUCCCUCUGACAUUGAUGCAACGCAGUGCAGGCCGUUACAUUUCUGAUAUGUGUACAUUGAGUUGUGUCAAAUUGUGCACUCUUUUUUAACUCUCUCUCUCUAAAAUGUAUGAAAAAUGUGUAGAAACUGGUGGUGGUGUGGUGCAGCCACGAUAUGGUGGUAGUGGCAAAGCUCAACUGUUGUCAACUGUUCUUCUAUACAUUUGUUGUAAAUAGACAUUCUUUUCUCAUUCA